GCAGAGAAGAAGAAGAUUUUGUUGUGGGCGAGAGCGACUAUUUUGUGCUGAAAAUAAUUACCUGUUAGCAUUUAAUUGCAAUCAAAUCAAACCGAAACAACAGCAAUCAUGGCGAAAAUGGCAUUUCAGCAUCAGGCAGGCACUGCUAUGGAGUGUUUGAGCAUUCCCAUAACGCUGCACAAGGAGAAGGACUAUGAUCAGGAGGGGCGCGAGAUACUCAAGUGCGGAUUCAAAAUCGGUGGCGGCAUCGAUCAGGACUAUAAGAAGAGCCCACAGGGCUAUACGGACUACGGCAUAUACGUCACAGAGGUGCAUGAGGGAAGUCCUGCGGCACGGGCAGGACUGCGCAUCCACGACAAAAUACUCCAGUGCAAUGGCUACGACUUCACAAUGGUCACACAUAAAAAGGCCGUCAGCUACAUUCGGAAAAACCCAAUCCUUAACAUGCUGGUGGCCCGCAAGGGCGUCACCUCCACAUAAAUGAAAACAUGGAGCCGGGCCUCUAAUGUAAGCAGCAGUAUUUAAGCGGCAUAUAAACUAUCUACUUCACUGCCACUCUGUGCUAAGGAUCUCUACGCUCUUUGGAAACUAUCCGAAUACUUAGAUAUACACUAAAUAUAUACUAUCACCCUAUCCACGUAUGUAUGUACAUAUGUAUGUAUACAUACCCUAUGCAUAUCGCACAAACAUACAUACAUACUAUGUAUAGCCAACCGUAAUUGUAGCAAGUAGUAAUGCUUCUUGGUAAAUUCAAUUUCUUUGCCUUGCCUUGGUUUAUGUAGCCGCAUGCCUGGGUUGUUAUGUGAUUUGUGCUGCUCAUCAGUUGCUGAUCGAAUUGCCAAUAUAUCCCAGUGUAAAGAACACAUCGCCAAAUACCGAAUACAAACAAACAGAAGCGUGAACAUAAACAUACUCGUAGACAUGCCACCAUCAGAUUUGAUAUAAACAAUUUUGUACUUUUAUAAAUGUGCGUAGCAACAGGCGCUAUCGCUACCACAGCACCAUUCCAAAAACUGAAACGAAACUCAAGCGCGAAACAAAGCAAAUAACUAAUGCAAAGUUGUUGAAACAUACAUACAUAAAUACAUAGUACAUACUUGUGAUAAAUGCCCGUUAACUGUGCAGAGAUGUGUGUAUACAAAAUAUACAUACCAUAACUUAAGUUUUACAAUUGAGUUUUUUAAUGUUAAAUUGCAUUUGAAUAAAUGUUUGCAAGGAAUUGUCUAA